AUGAUGAUGGACGGUCAAGCGAACGACGUCGACGACCGCCAAGCCGCCGUCGACGAGGCCUUCGCCCAAGCCUGCGCCCGCGCCAGCGAGCGCAUCUGGAACUCGCGCGCUUGGACGCGCAACGCCAGCGUACGCGCAGCCAGCUUGGCGUUUCGGCUGCCACCAUGGAGCAGUGGACGCGCGAGCAUCAGCUACUCCUGGAACGUGGUGAGCUUGCUCCUGCCAGCCUGA